AGAACUGGUUUGUACCAUUUUCAACCGAAAUCUAGCGAACCGUCCGCACUAGGGGUCCUGUCAGCAAAGAUUCAUGGAUCGGGGAAGAUCCCCUCGACUAAUCAAUCUGCCCCCGCCACCCAGUCCGCCGCCCGAAGAGAUCUAUUACUCCUCUGCACGACUGUCUCGAAGUAGAGCAUCUUCAGUUGCAUCAUUCCUGUCAAGCGUGAACAGCUCGUUGCGCGGUGAUGACCACUUCGAUCCCGAAUAUCAACGGUCCCGACCUCGCAGACCAACAGUGGACUCAGAGAUAUCCUAUCACAUUGAGGAACCUGAGCCGACUUUUCCACCAUUACCUGAAUCCAAAGUUUCGUCAUUCGGGUACCUAUGCGAUAUUUGUGGCUGCAAGAUUGUAAUCACUCGGAAACGUGAUUGGCAGCGUCAUGUCCUAGAAGACCUCGAGCCGUAUGUCUGUCUGGAACUUGUUUGCACAUCAAGUGAUACACUAUUCGCAUCUGAGCAAGCGCUUCGGCAGCACUAUGAGGAAAAACACCCAAACUCGAAGAUCAUGACCGUGGAGCAUGCUGACUGUCAUUUUUGUGACGACAGCUUACCCUCUGACUUGGCACGUCGCUUCACCCAUAUAGCACGGCAUCUUGAGGAUGUUGCUUUUGCUGUUCUCCCUCAAGUCACCGAGAGCUGGGCAUUCUACAGCCAUCGCUCUCAGAGCAGCAAAAACCUACCAACGGCUCCAUGGGUGCUUAGUCCUCCAGGCGCCAGUUCACGAGGCGAUUUUUAUCGCUGCCCCUGGAACCUCCGAGGUACUUAUAAUCGCUGCGUUGGUUCCUUCACUGAGCUGCAAGAUCUUGCCCAGCAUGAAGAUCUUUUCCAUGAUGCCUGGAACCAAAAGUUCCAUUGUCACCUGUGCAACGAAAGAAGAAUCUUUGCGGCUGAUAUCGACUUGAUAAGGCACAUGCAUAUUGUGCAUUCUGACGCGGUCCUAUCAAGCAAGAGCAUCAGUGAUGUCUGUGUGUUUCGACCAUUGAAUGUCUUGGUCUGCGUAGCAGACGUACUGAAUCGAGUGCGGAUGGAACAUUUUCUUGAUGAUCUACGAUGUCACACCAAGGCUGUUGCGAGCGGCACAGAUGUUCUUCGGCUGGCGGUGGGCCAAAUACGAUUCGACAUCAUCUUUGUGGACUUCAAAUUGCUGUCAAUGGAAGCCAGUGAUUUCGUGCGUACACUUCGAUCUACCAGCGGUGUUAAUUCAACGACACCGCUUGUGUCUGUGAACUCGCCUGUUGAUACUGAUGCGGCUUUACAGCAUUUCGAUGCAGCCCUGGAAAGGCACGUAGAUCGACAGUCUCUGGCAGAUAUAUUUCGCUGGCAUUGCUCGUGGAAGUCGCCACCUGAAUAUCCCACACCUUGGGAGUCAUACACCUUCUAUGAUAACGAACCAUUGCGAAGACGUCGGAAUAGUUGGAGCUGAUCCACUUGAAGAUCAUUUUGACGGAACGCUGCUGGAUUCCUGGCCCAUGAAUGGAUCUUUCCUUUAUCUGGGAAGUUAGUAGGUCCAUACUUCUUUCCGUUGAAGGGCAAUGGCAUCGACAUUUCAAGAAAAUAUACAUAUUUCAGGUCUGGCUGUACGACAUUCGUG